UACAUACACAACCAAGAUCGUCAAUCGGAUCUAAUCUCGCCGCGCCUCCGGCCAGCCAUGGGACACAGAGGAGGAGGAGGAGGGGGGGGGGGGGGGGGGGGUUUCCGGUCCGCGCCUCGCGCCAGGACCCCGCCCACCAAGCCGGCACCCAAGGCCCCGGCUCCGGUACCGGCAUCCGCCGGCGGCCACAGCAACGUCAUUUCGGCCCUGGCAUACAACAUCGUCGACGGUAUCACCUGGGGCGCCGGCAACGCCAUGGGCCACAGGUUCGUCGAGUUCUUCGCCGGGCCACGCACCAUCCAGGUUGUCUCCUCCGAGCCCCAGGCCGCCACCGCCGCCGAUUCGUCCCUCGACUCGUGCGGCGCCCACAACAAGGCCUUCGCCGAUCUACUGCCGCAACCACUCCCAGAGCGACAUCAGCCGGUGCAAGUUCUACCUUGACUUGCUCAACCAGUGCCACCGCGGGUCCAGUAAUGCCGGCCUCGCCGCCGCCACCGCCAUCUCUUAGAGACCGAGAUCUCGGCUCAAUCGGUCGCCUAGUUUUUAGUUUAUAUCGUUUUAUCUACCAAGAUUAAUUCCUGUUGCUAGUCAUGGUAUUUGUAGUAGUAAUAGCCAUCUCGUCGACUUAUAAUCAUCCUCGUCUCCUUAUGAAUGAACGAUUACUUAGAGAUUGAUUCA